AGCAGUAUGCUACAAAGCUGAAACUUUGAAGGACAUGAAUUCUCCAGAGAGCGAGGGAAAACUCACUCCCAUUAUCGAACCCAAAUAUGUGUAAGGCGCAGUCAACUUCGAUGAGAUUUGAACCCAGUGUGUAGAAAGCUGAAGAGAAUACUACAAGGCACUUUAUUGGACGCUCUUACGGCUCUUGUAAGUUUGCUGAGAGUCUUUUGUCCGACAGUUUUCAGAGAAUGAAAUCUCUAUUUUGUCGUAAUUACAGGUCUUUCAAGGGAGAUCACCGCGUUACACAUCAUUCGCUGAAAUUCUCAGAAUGUCCCUUCUUCGCUUUAUCCGUCCCCAAUUGUCUAAAUUCUGUGCUUGUGCAACGAACCGUUUGUGUCAACAAAAUUACAGCUCACUUGUGGGAAGAGAUUUUGACAGCUUAAAAUAUUACCAACCUGACGAAAUUAGGCAACUGCUAUGGACAGCAAACGAUUUGAAGGUUCGCAUAAAAAAAGACAAAGAGCUGUAUCAGCCUCUAGUAGGAAAGUCUUUGGCAAUGAUUUUCCAGAAGAGAAGUACACGAACUAGAGUUUCUUCAGAAACAGGAAUGAACCUUCUUGGAGGUCAAUCCGUUUUCCUUGGCCCAGAAGAUGUCCAUAUUGGUGUGAAUGAAAGCAUCAAAGAUACUGCUCGUGUUCUUUGCCAAAUGUGUGAUGUAAUACUAGCUAGAGUCUAUGGUCAUGAUGUGGUUGAUACACUCGCUUCAGAAAGUUCUGUUCCUGUGAUAAAUGGAUUGUCUGAUCUCUUCCAUCCUCUGCAGAUCCUUGCUGACUUGCUCACGCUACAGGAACAUUUUGGUGGACUGCGGGACUUGAAGUUGGCUUGGGUUGGUGAUGGUAACAACAUUAUCCACUCCCUGAUGAUUGCUUGUGCUAAGCUUGGAAUAGAAAUAUGCAUUGCUACACCAUUGGGUUAUUUGCCUGAUUCUAAUAUCAUCGCUUCCUGUAAUAAAUUUUCGGCAAAGCAUGGUGGGAAGAUUCAUUUGACGAAUGACCCCAAGGAAGCUGUGUAUCGUGCCAAUGCCAUUAUCACUGACACUUGGAUCAGUAUGGGCCAAGAAGAGGAAUCAGCCAAACGACUCAAAGACUUUGAUGGCUAUGAAGUCAAUUCAAAAUUAGUAAAAGAAGCAGCUGCAGAUUGGGUGUUUAUGCAUUGUCUUCCACGACACAAAGAAGAGGUCUCUGAUAGUGUAUUCUAUGGGAAGAAUUCUGUUGUCUGGCAAGAAGCUGAAAACCGAAAGUGGACUGUUAUGGCUGUGAUUCAUCAUUUACUGAAAGACUACCAACCAGUUCACCCACAACCAGAUUUCUAAUUUUCUAAAGCUAUUCUACAAGGAACAACAAAGCAAAAGUAAAAAUUCUGAUUUAGAAUGCAGUUUUAGGGUUUAGGGGUUUUGUUUUGGGUGUUUUGCCGUUUAAGAAUUUAUUUGUAUUUUCUGUUAUUAUGAAAGAAUUUGUUUACAAGUUCUCUGUGUCCACUGAGUUUGCUUCUGAUUCUGCUUUAUUUGUGAUGUUAAUGUUUAAUUUUGUUUAAUAUCUGCAUAAUUGAGAUGAGGUGAGAUGGAAGAAUUGGUGGGCAUUAAUUUUUGUGAGCUGGCAUAUUGGUUGGCAUUUUUUUGUGAGGUGACAAGCUGGCAUAAGGCAGCAAGCUGGUAGAAUCAUUAGCACGCUGGACAAAGUGUUUAGCAGUUUUUCACCCAUCAUUACAUUCUAAGUUCAAAUUCCGCUGAGGUCAACUUUGCCUUUCAUCCUUUCGGGGUCAAUAAAUUAAGUACCAGUGAAACACUGGGGUUGAUGUAAUCGACUAGUCCCCUUCUCCCGAACUUCAGGCUUUGUGCCUUUAGUAGAAUGGAUUAUUUUUUGUGAGGAUAAAGUGUUAAGCUGACAGAAUUGUUAGCACAUCAAACGAAAUGCUGAAUUAGCAUUUCUUCUUGCUGUGUAUGUUUUGAGUUCAAACUCUACUGAAGUUGACUCCACCUUUCAUCCUUUUGGAAUUGAUAAAAUAAGUACCAGUUGAACACUGGGAUUGAUGUAAUUGACUAAACCUUUUCUUAAAAUUGCUGGUCUUAUACCAAAAUUGAAGCCAUUAUUUUAUCUGAUGGUCUUGCUGUAUUAUCACUGUUAAGAAGUAUGUGUCAGUUAGGACUGCUCAACCAUAAGUACUAAUCAGGUUUUAAAGUUUAACUAUACAGCUUGUAUAUUUUAAUUAAACAUUUCUGUUUCUGUUUUAUUUAUAAGACUGUAAGCUUGAGUCUUAUCAUUAUUAAACAGAAAGUGAAGGUGGUGACCUGGCAGAAUUGUAAGCAUGCUGGACAAAAUGCUUAACGGUAGGUAUUUCACUUGUCACUACGUUCUUAGUUCGAAUUCCGCUGAGGUUGACUUUACCUUUCAUCCUUUCAGGGUUGAUAAAUUAAGUACCAGUUGAGUACUGGGGUUGAUGUAAUCAACUAUCCCCCUCCCCCAUAUUUCAGGCCUUGUGCCUAUAAUAGAAAAGGUUAUUAAACAGAAAGUGAUGAGCUGGCAGAAUUGUUAGCAUACUGGAUAAAACGUUUAAUGGUAUUUCAUCCAUCUUCACGUUCUGAAUUCUAAUUCUGCCAAAGUUGACUUUGCCUUUUAUCCUUUUAAAGUAGAUAAAAUAAGUACCAGUUGAACACUAGGGUUGAUGUAAUUGUCUUAUCUCACACCACACAAUUGCUGGCCUUGUGCCAAAAUUUGAAACCAUUAUUAUACAAAGGUAAGAAAGUGAACAAAAUGUAAGAUAUGUGAAUGAUAAAAGGGUGAAAAUAAAAUGUAUUAUAUUUCUAAGGGA